AUGAGAAGAUAUAAUCUCACACUGGCUUGUUUAAUGGCUUGCAUACUUUCAAUCCGCGGUACCUUGGGGUCAACGCGGGCGCGCAUAACAGGGGCAGAGACUCAAACCGUCACCCAGGAGUCGUGCGCAUCGUGUGGGUUGCCGGAGGCGUCAGAACGGGUGGACAUAGACCUUUUGGAAGCAGUUAAGAGGCACAUCUUGAACAGAUUACAAAUGAGAGAAAGACCCAACAUCACUCAUCCUAUUCCCAAGGCUGCAAUGGUAACAGCGCUGAGGAGGCUUCACGCCGGUAAGGUACGGGAAGACGGGAGGGUUGAGAUCCCCAACCUUGAUGGACAAGCUUCCUACAGUAACGAGGUGCAUGGGGAGACGUCGGAGAUAAUCAGUUUUGCAGAAUCAGAUGAGCUGGCUUCUUCUCAAGCCUCUAAGUCCAGCCUCCACUUCCUCAUCUCCAGUGAAGGGAACCAGAACCUGCAUGUGUCUCAGGCCAACCUGUGGCUCUACUUCAGGCUGCUGCCCACCGGCUCCGAGAAAGGGCCUCGACGGAGAGUCACAGUUAAAAUCCACUACCAUGAGGCAGGGACUGGAGCUGCAGGUGGAGCCAGGGGAGGAACAGGGCCAGGGGCAGGGGGAGGAGGUCGGUGGACCCUAGUGGAGAAGCGUGUGGACCUAAAGCGCAGCGGCUGGCACACCUUCCCUCUGUCAGAGGCAGUGAGGGCCCUGUUUGGUAAGGGCGGCCGGCGGCAGGACCUGGAGGUGCGUUGUGAGGGCUGUGAGGCAUUCAAAGUGGUUCCUAUCUUAGUUGACCCAGCAGAACCCUCACACAGGCCCUUUCUGGUGGUCCGGGCACGGCAGGUGGAAGGGAACCACCGCAUCAGGAAGAGGGGGCUGGAGUGUGACGGGAGCAGUGGAGGCCUGUGCUGCAGACGACAGUUCUACAUAGACUUUCGCCUCAUUGGCUGGAACGACUGGAUCAUCGCACCCGCGGGUUAUUACGGUAACUACUGCGAGGGAAGCUGCCCGGCGUACAUGGCGGGGGUACCGGGGUCGGCGUCAUCGUUCCACACGGCGGUGGUCAACCAGUACCGGAUGAGGGGCAUGAGCCCCGGCUCGGUCAACUCCUGUUGUAUCCCCACCAAGCUCAGCACCAUGUCUAUGCUGUACUUCGACGAUGAGUACAACAUAGUAAAACGAGACGUGCCCAAUAUGAUAGUGGAAGAGUGUGGCUGUGCCUGA